CCAAAUUUCCUGCUCCACCUAAGGCAUGUGCCAUGCGAAGCGCAACUCACGGGAUUCCGUUGAUGGAUCUGCUCCCUUUAUUGUCAGACAGACCGGGCUCAAAAGAGAAUGUUUACCAAAAAAAGGGGUCCUUCAAGUUUACUACUUGAGCUUGAAAAUUGCGUUAGCAGCUCCACAAGGGCUGACAAUGGGCUGUAAAUUUUGCACUAUAAGAUUUAAGGAUCAAGUCGGAUUAGGAUCGGGCUUUAUUUCUAGUCAUUUUUGAACUAUAAUUUAUUUAGUGCCUUGACAUUUUGUGAAGAACCAUAUGGACCACAAGCCUCGCGCUGGUAGUCUGGUACAGACGUACAGUACAGUCGCUGCAGCGAAAGGGGGAUCGCGCGAGGCGAGAUGGAGCUCUCGCCGGUGGGGAGGUGGGCCGACCUCCCCGAGGACAUCGCCGUAGCCGUCGCCUCCUGCCUCCAGGAGGCCGACGUCUGCGCGCUCGGCGGCUGCUCGCGCUCCUGGCGCAGAGCCUGCGACGCUGACUGCAUCUGGGAGCGCCUCUUCCGCUGCCGCUGGCCAUCUGCCGUGGCGUCGGCGUCCCCUGUGCAGGUACCGCAAAGAAGGGUAAAGGGAUGGAAAGCUCUCUACAUCAGCCAGCACAGAAGAAUGGCUGUUGCAAUAUCUAAUGUGGUUGAAUUUGUGGGCAGCAGCUUAAAUAAUGAGUCACUUGAAUCCGAAUACUAUCUGAAAGCUAUUGCUGAUUUGGCCUUGAUACCUGAUAUAGGAUUCCUCGAUGUCCAGUUUUUCUUGUUCUCAAGGAAUCAUAGUGCGAUAAUCAACCUUAUUGGACUGCACUACUCGAUCGCAUCUUUGCAUGUGCUGCCAACUGAAGUCAGUAAAGCACUCCAAGCUCACCGAGUAGCAGAAAGGGUAGUUUGUGUGAACCUGGUCAUUAGGUGGUUCUAUGGUUUCCGGUUGCCCGACGAAUACGAGUGCCACCGAAUCUCUCUAGGUGAGCUCACCGUGGCUGAGGGAGCAGAGUUUUUCGCCAUCCUUAACCGUGGAGCUGUUCACACGGUAUUCCUUCUCCGGAUCAGUCUGGUGAACGUAGACAAGUGACCCUAAAGUACAAAAAGGUACACACGGCCACACGCCAUAAUUAGCUGCCUGGCUUGUUUUGCGCCCUUUGUAAAUAUGUGUAAGCUUUUGUUCCCUCGCCCCCCCCCACCCCCCCCCCCCCCCCCCCCCUGGAUCCUAGUAUGGAGCCAUUUAAGCUUCGGUUGCGCAGUAAACUUUAUAAAUACGUAAUGUAAAGGCUUGUCGUGUGUGGUUUGUGCUGCACAUUUUCGCCGUUUCUGUGAUAAGCUCUGUCGAAUGUUUUCUGUA